AUGCCAUUAGAUCUGGAAAGCUGCCCAGAAUUCGUUAUCGAAUGCUUUGUCAAUUUGCUAGGCCUGGGCGAUAUUUGCAAUCUCCGCCUAAGCUGCAAAUCUCUUGCCCUGAAAUCCUCUCAGUAUCAUUUCAAGACCUUCUUUCGUUCCAAACACGUCGACGUCACAGCCGAUGCUCUACGGAUAUUCGCUCAGGGUAUUCAGGCCGGGGGUCUUCGAUCUCUAGUCCAGGAACUAUACCUCACAGGUAUUGCCAACGAAUCUGAAAAACGAAGGAAACCGAGAACGCCAAGCGAUGGGCAAAAGGAGGAAACAAGGAGGAGACAGGAAAUAAAUCUACUUAGCCAAGCGUUUAACGGGCUUGCAAAAUACAGCAAGAAUGGAAGUCUUCCGUCGCUCACGCUGAGGGUAGCCAUCGCCCGUAAUGACAAGGAAACAGUUUCACCUGCCGAUGCAAGACCUUUGAUCCCCUUGCGGAAGAGUAUGUGGCUCUGCACAAUCUACACAUUUGACACGGCUUUACGCGCAUUGGCUGCAAGUAACUUGCGAAUCGAGGGUCUCAACGUCUUCAAUGAACCGGAUAUGCAGCGCUGCAGCCUGGCCUGUGAGCAACUCAACGUCAUCGACUGGAAUGAUUCCGGGUUUGUCGAGUCCUUUGCAACUUUAAGGUCACUAUCAAUAAGCAUCUCCACUCGAGUUUUCAGGUUUCACAAAGACACACACGAGGAUGAGCAUGACGAGGGGCAACCCCCGAGGCGGGAUGCAGCCGAGGUACAAGCAGAAGCUGAAGAUGAAAACAACUUUGUUGGUCUUUCAAGGCUCCUCCGGCUGUGUAGCCGACUUGAGAACCUGGAAAUAGAUUAUCUCCGGAUCCCGACGGGUUAUUCGGAUUUGAUCGGUCGCUUCUGUUGCGAAAAAAUUCUACAGCGCGUAGUCGAACUGGACAGGUUGCCCAUCCUACAGCAUUGCAGACUUUGCGGGAUCUCUGCUAGGGAGAUGGACUUACUUGACUUUGUUAAGCGGACAAGAGUCCGCGAGCUGUCCCUGGAGAGUAUGAUUCUACGUACAGGAACAUUUCGGUCAAUUCUCGAUCACUGUACCAGCAAGACGGCAAAUUUGACAAAGCUACACUUUGACACCUUAUAUGAGAGGCAUGACCGCGAGAAGAUGAUUUUCUUUGCCGGUGGUGGAAAAUCUAGGAUUGGUUUUCCUUCUGCAUAUGCUACUGAAAGGCUGGACCGAGAAGGCGAGAGUGUUAGGCAUCCCAUCACGUACUAUAUCCCUCCUCUAGCACCAAGCGAGAAUCCUUGGAUACCUGAAUGGAGGAGGUUCAAGCGCACGGAACACGGCGCAUGA